AUGCAACUGUCCGCCCUGCUGCCGUUCACCUUCACCGUACUGGCAUCUGCUGUAAAGGGAGCUCGUCCAGCACCAGAUCCAUUUGCUCUUGUCUUCUCCCAUGAAAACUACAAAGGCAGCCGAACCUUGAUCGACAAUCAGUGUACUCCCCUCGAUUCUCUUUACAUCAGCGGUUCCAUCUUCGUCCCAACAAUCAAGGAUCGCACUAUUGAGUGUUUCUUCUAUAGUGAGGAAGAUUGCGCUCAUGGUUCGGUGGUGAUCUCUUAUGCUAUUUCGGAAACGAGCAUUCCUACCAAGGUUUCAGAUCAGAUAAUGGCAGCCGAAUGCCUUUAUUUUUAA